AUGAAGAUACUCUCAUAUAACAUUCGAGGGUUGGGAGAUACGGCUAAAAGGAGGGUGAUUCGAGAGGUUCUCUGUAGAAAUCAGGUAGACAUGGUAUGCAUCCAAGAAACAAAGUCGAGUUAUGUAGAUAGACGUUUGUGUGCUCAGUUGUGGGGUGAUACAGAGUUUGACUGGCGUGCAAUUCCAGCUGUUAAUGCAGCUGACGACCUACUGUGCAUUUGGAAACUGAACACUUUUGUCUUGGAAGAUUUUGUGCAGGGUUCUGGUUACCUUGGCCUUAUCGGGUUUUGGGAGCAUAGUCACCAGAAGUGUGUUAUUGUGAAUGUAUACUCUGCUUGCAAUUUGGACCAGAAAAUGAUUUUAUGGGCUGCACUGAGAGAUUGGAAGGCGAGCUGUUCAAUCUUGGCUUGGUGCUUGGCUGAAGAUUUCAAUUCAGUGUGGUGUGAAGAGGAACGCAGGGGCAUAGCACAAACCAAUAGCUCUCAGCGGCGUGAUAUGUAUGAAUUUAAUUCUUUUAUUUCUGACAUGGUUAUUUCUGAUAUCCCCCUGGCAGGGAAAAAAUUUACGUGGCAAAGACCAAAUAAUAUGGCAUUGAGCAGAAUAGAUAGAUUUCUGGUUUCCGAUCACUGGUCAGAAUUAUGGCCUAAUUGUUCACAGCUUGUCAUGGACCGUGAUAUUUCAGAUCAUUGUCUAUUACUGCUGCGACGUUCAGUGGAGGAUUGGGGCCCUAAACCUUUUCACAUUAUGGGGAACUCUCUGUGGCGGAUCAAGGGCGUCAUAGAGAGUUAUCGGCUGAAUUUUGGCAAGUCCUACGUCUUCAUGAAUCAUUACUUUGUCAGAAAGCCAGAACAAAAUGGAUUGCAGAAGGAGAUGAAAAUACCAGUUACUUCCAUUCCACAAUUAACUGAAAGCGGCGUGCCAACUCUAUACUGGGGUUACUAA